AUGCAACUCGUCGCCUCUCACCUCCCCCGCUUUGACAUCGGAAAUUUGGUCGUGGCCUUCACCAGCGCCGCCAAGUUCGAGGAGUGCUGUGACAUGCACCCAUCCUGGUCGGGGCUCCUCGAGCGCCUUCUGGACAGUGCUGAGUUUCUAGAGCCUCGGGGCCUAUCGAUGACCGCCUACGCUGCUGCAAAGCUGGUCUUUGGUGAUGACAGGCUACUUGUCCCCCUGGCUACCGCCAGCGUCCGGCAAGCCCCGCGAUUCGGUGCCACGGACGUGGCCAAAGCCUGCUGGGCCUUCGCGAAGCUGCGCUUCGUGGAAGAGCCUUCGGCACGAAGCUUCUGGCAAGCCAUGGCGGAGCCUGCAUCACGAAACAUACCGGGAGCUCGCUUUGUGGACGUGUCCAUGAUUUGCUGGGCUUUUGCUGCGACCGACCAAGUCUCUCCGGCCGUCUUCGAGGCAGCCUCGCUGGAGACACGUUCGAUCGUGCACGAGCUGCCACCACGAAGCCUAGCAGGAGUGGCAUGGGCCUUUGCCCGUGCCCGACAUCACGACCCUGGUCUCUACCAGCUGCUAGCUCGGCGUUCUGGCGAGGUGCUGUCCGAGUUUACUGCCCACGAUGCCGCUUCCUUCUGCUGGGGCUUCGCUACGGCAGAAAUGCCGCACACGCCUCUCUUCGAACAGCUGGCCUUGCACCUCAAUCAGCCCGGUGAGCGCAACGCGAGCGCCCUGAGACGCUUAAGCGCCCCCCUGGCUGCCGAGCUGUGUUGGGCCUUUGCGGCCGCCUCGAUCCAG